UUCAGUCCGGAUGUGGGUUGGGGGCGCGGUGCUUCCCCGUUAGCAUCACUUUUGGACGUGUGGGAUGCAGACAGCUGCUCUUUUCCCCACAUAAGUUUUAUUACAUAAGAAACAACAUCUAGAAAACGCAAUAGGUUUCCGUCUUUGUCGUAAGCGUGCAUGUUGAACAGAACUGUGUUCCGACUAUGCGCAGUCUCGGUGAGUGUUAGGUAUCCGAGUAACGGGUGAUUUGUGGUGGCAGCGCACUCGGUGACGGUGUAGUUUCCAAAUGCCGUCACUCAACAUGGACGCGCUGCUGGAUUUCUCGGAAUGCGUCGCGGAUUCUCCUGACUUCAGGCGGAACUUGGAUCAAUGUGAGGAGGACGUUUCUCUGCUACAGACACAGCUGGACAAGGUAACGAGGUUGUGCGGCAAGAUGGUGGAGGCGGGACAAGCAUACAACGCAGCCAAUCAGAUGUUCCUUGCAGGCAUGUCUGAGCUUUUCGCACUACACAAGGAGGACGGCGUCAUUGCGAACUGCCUGAGCCAGUUCAAGCAAGGCCUGCAGGAGCUGCUCACUUUCCACACUAUGUUGCUAGAUCAGAGUCAGCGAGCCAUCAGCCAUCAGCUCAGCAGCCUCUGCAAGCGAUUCCUGCCUCAGCUGGCGGAAACGCGUGAUGAGUUUCUGCGUAUCGGUGACGAUCUGGACACUGCGACUCUGAAGAAUGCUCAAGUGUCUCGACACAAGACCAUCGAGGCCGAAAGAGCGAGUCACCUGCUCAUUGCUACACGGAAAUGCUACCAACACUUUGCCCUGGAUUACUGUCUGCAGCUCAACACAUUCAAGACUCAGCAGAGAGUGGACUUCUUGAACUCGGUGUUCUCCUUGGUCAACGCUCAGCUGACAUUCUUCCAUCAAGGCUUUGACCUGCUCCGAGACCUUGAGCCCGGCAUGAAGGUCAUGGCCACACAGUUGCGCGAGCGCUCGGCUCAGUGUGCGAGCAAAAGGAAAGAGCUGGAGAGCAAUCAUCUGCUGGUCCAGCAACAAGAUGCCUCAGGAGAGACGCUGUUCCAGUUGGGUCGUGGGACUGACGACAUCAUCCAAGGUUACCUCUUCAAACGCUCCCGCAGGAAGGCAAAAAUGUGGAAGAGAUGCUGGUUCUCCAUCAGAGACAACCAACUCAUCUACAGGAAGUCACACAAAGAGGCGUCCACGCUUCUGUUUGAGGACCUGCGAUUGUGUGCCGUCAAGUCUUUGGAGGACCUGGACCGACGAUUCUGCUUCCAGCUGAUGUCUGUGCACAAGUGUUGUGCACUUCAGGCCGACUCUGAGCAAGUGAGGCUGGCAUGGAUGGAAGCGUUACAGGGGAGCAUCGAUAUGGCGUAUCGAGAGCGAGGCCAAGCCACGCCCACACAGCCUCAGGAGCCCCUCCCGCCGAGCGGCGGUGACAACGCUGCGGCCAAUCAGAGGACGGCGGUGCUGGGCGUGGCUCUGCAGGGCACUGGCAACCGUUGCUGCUGCGACUGCGGCGAGGAGGAACCGCGAUGGGCAGCCGUCAACUUGGGCAUCACGGUGUGCAUUCAGUGCUCAGGGAUUCACCGGAGUCUGGGCGUCCACGUGUCAAAGGUGCGCUCACUCACGCUGGAUUCAUGGGAAGCGGAGCAACUCAAGCUGCUGUGCGUCCUCGGAAAUGACGUCAUCAACAAGAUUUACGAGGCACAGUGUUUGCACAGAGUCAAACCCACCACGGAGAGCCCGCAUGCUGAGAAGGAAGCUUGGAUACGAGACAAGUACGUCGAGAAGACCUUUGUGAGGCGGAAUGGCGACGAUGAUGGCCCAAUGCGUCAUGACAACGUUGAGGCCUCGCUACUCUUGCAUCUCUACCGAGCCGCGGUGGCUGGAGACCUGGUCGCCUUGGUGACGGCUCUGGCCCAAGGGGCACCGGUGAACGGGACCCUGGCCCAGGAGGAAGGACGCACGGCUCUCAUUGGGGCCGCCCAAGGGGGGUCGCUGUUGGCAUCCGAGUUUUUGCUGCUGAACGGUGCCAACAUUAACCACAGAGACCUGAGGGGGCAAGGAGCUCUGCACGCAGCAGCCACCGCUGGACACACCGGGCAGGUGUGCUUGCUGCUGAAGCGAGGAGCCAAUCAGUACGCAGUGGAUGAGAGCGGACGCGACCCACUUGCCAUCGCAGUGGAGACGGCACACGCUGACAUCGUCACGCUGCUGCGCAUGGCCAGAAUGAACGAGGAGAUGCGAGAUUCUGAAGCAGCGUUCGGAGCUACGGCAUCCGUGCGGUCCUUGCAGGAGAUGACCAAACCUUUCAGGACAUUUUCCGAGACUUUAGCGAUAUGGCAUCACAUGACCCGGAGAAGCUGGCCAGACGAAGAUUCGGCCGCAAAGAAGACGAUGGGAACCUGUGAAUGUGUUACAUACUUGGUAGAAUUUUCAUUCGCAGUCUUAAUUAUCACCUAACUCACUCACUGUCGGGCAGAAUUGCAUCUCCAAAAUGACUACUUUUCAGGGACCCCCCCACCCCCCAAAAAAAAUCAACUGUUAUGCAACACAAACACCUUCAUUAUGUUUAAUCGCUAAAUUAAUGCACUCGGGGGGGAAAAAUUGCCAAAUUACGUUAUUGAUUAAAAUGGAAACAUAUAGCGCGCCAACCAAACCAAAGGCCUGGGAAAGCUUGAGUGCUCGAGGUCAUUAAAUUUAUAUCUAAGGUUUUUUAAUGUAAUAAAACAAUUCCCAUGUUAAUGUUAUAAUUGAAAUCACCAUAAGGAAACUACCAAGUAAUAAAUGUCCUUUUCGUAAUAGUACAUUCUGUCCAUUUUACUGGUUAAUGUUAGGUUAAUAAUUAAAUUAUUGGAAAAAAAUAAGGUAUGGGUAAAAAAAAAGACUGACCAAUAUAUUAUUCCAAUAAAUCAAUUCACUAUCACAAAUGUUAUUACAUUAACUAAAUAUUUAUAUUUUUCACAAACAUGUUUGUAUUUAUCUACCCGUCCUUGAUGGGAACACACGUAUUUGUGAAGUAGCUGAUGUUAACGUAAGCUCUUCUUGUUACCCAACAUGCACCAGAAUGUUACACCCAAACAGUAAAAAAGUGAAAACUUAAGGGAAGACAUGUUAGACUCACCGCUAAGUUAACGUGAUAUUUUUUUGUUUACUAGGUCACAAAGGGAAAUUUUGCCUAAUUUAAACCAUUCCAUCACUUUGCAAGACAAAUGUUUACGUAGCAGCUACAUUGCCUUUUUUAACAGUGAACUUAUCACUCUGCUGCUCACACGUUUGUUUUUGUCAUUUUACUAAAGAAUUACAAAUGAGUUGCUGCUAAAACAAAAAAAAAAGUCAUGUCAAUGUCCACUAGGUUGUGUACAUUUCAUUGUUGACUGUUACUACUGUAAUACUGUUUGUGCAUUAAAAACUAUUCAAAACCA